AUGUCAAACAAUGAUGUUACCGCAUGUCGGCGGACGAUCGAAGCACACAUCGAGAACAUUGUUGAAGCUAGAUCAACACCUGAUCAUUCGUCUUUAAGCGAAGCGGAAUCUCGCAGUCUCGUGCAAGGAGUUCAAAGCAUUCGGUCUCAUAACCCUGAGGAAACAUGGACCUCACAGUCACCAACAGAUACAGCGCUCCGGGAGCUACUUUUCGAUCUGGUCUCAAGUAUCGCGAUAUCGGACCCUGGCUUCGUCAGAGUUUGGUACCUAUUAGAUAUCGCCACAAUUCUGGCCGACAAUGAACUCUCGGAACCCUCGUCGAAUUUUCUCCUGAUCGAGAGCUUGUUGGAUAGUCAAACAGUCAGCGGUUGCAGGAAAGUGUUUGACUACCUGGAGUCGCAAAGAGACGAAUUGAUUGCGCGCAAUUUCAAAUUCAAGAAUUUGGUCAUAUUGCGAUGCUGCAAUGAACUGCUCCGCCGUUUGUCGCGAGCAGAAGACACGGUAUUUUGUGGACGAGUCUUCAUCUUCUUAUUCCAGAGCUUCCCACUCGGCGACAGAAGCUCUGUCAAUCUUCGAGGAGAAUUCCAUGCCGAGAAUGUCACCCACUUCGACCCAGUGCCGAAGAAGUCCGAGGAUGCAAUCAAGCCUAUGGAUAUUGACAGCGCGCAACCUGCGUCCUCUGGGGCCCAGACACCGGCGUCAACGGCUCCCGAUACUGAUACACACAAAACGGGUAGAAGUACCCCAAUCCCAGGCAAAACCAGAUCCGAGCACAAGCCAAGCGAAACGCCUCCUGAUCUUGACGAGCUAUUUCCACAGUUCUGGUCUCUACAAGGACUUUUCUCGAUGCCCACGCGGCUUUUUGAGCCAGCCGCAAUGAACCAGUUCAAAGAGAGCAUAGCCGCAACCUUGUCGUGUUUCAAGUCGAUAUCUACGAGCACAAAUGCGUCGGCCAACUCGGCCCGGGCUAGCAGAGGAACCAAGCGCAAGCGCUCGGAUGAUGGUUCUCGGAUGUCCCAACCGUACAAUCCCAAGUAUCUGACCAACCGGGACCUGUUCGACUUGGAGGUGCAUGAUCUGGCGUUCCGACGGCACAUACUGGCCCAAUGUCUGAUCAUGCUCGACUUCCUGCUGUCCUUGACUCCACCUGCAAAGGCAAAGACGGCGGGCUUGAUCAACAAGGCCGUAUUGUAUGGCUUCACACUAUCGGAAGAGGACACCAAAUAUUGUCAAUCUACGCGCCAAUCGAUCGCCAGCUAUUUGCAGCAGCAGGGACCUGGCAAUGAUGGAAAGAUGUACUACCGUAUGGUUGACACAGUGCUUAGUCGAGAUAAGAAUUGGGCAAGAUGGAAAGCUGAGAGCUGCCCUUACAUCAGAAGAGAUCCGGUGGAAGCCAAGACGUACCUGGCUACUCAGCAGAGCCUCGGUGCAAUGACCGAGAAGAAGCCAUCCAUAAACCCCCCAGGCGCUGCCGACUUCAACUUUCUGUCACAAUCUGAAUCGCUUGAAUCGCUCAAGCAGCCGAGUAAGCGAUACAAGGUGCCGACACCUGACGAAUAUUACGAGAGCAUCGAAGGUGAUAAGCUGGAUGAAGAUUUCGUUGCUAACGAAGAAGAAAGAAAAGACCUCCAUGAAAGGAUACAGGGCAAGCUGUGGAGAGCCCUCCGGGCCAGUGCGCUCGAUGGCCGACGCUUCGCUCUGUGCGAGAAAAUCAAGGACGGAAGCAACUUGAAGGCUCUGAUCGGCGAGGAAGAAGAGCAAAAUCUUGAAGCAACAGACGCGACAGGGAUGCAGGAGGAGGACACCAAAAACGAGCCUAGCAUAAACGGCGAGCAACAGGAGGGUGUGCCAGGUGAGAAGCCACAAGAGACGGCUGCUGCAAUAUCAGCGGCUGUCACGCCUCUACAGCAAACCGAUGGUGCUGGCGACAUUGCUGAACAGGCGCCUGAAGCUGAAACUGAAGCAGCAGCAGCUUCGACCGUCGAAGCAACGGUAGAUGAGAUAGAGGACAACGAGUUUGCGCCUCCGGGCGCCAUGGACGUUGAUGAAGGCAAUGCUGGGGAAGAAGUGGCCCCACCAGCGGUAGAGGCUGUAGAAACGGACAAGGGAGAGGCAGAGACGGCCACAGGCACUGCCGUGUGA